AUGGUGCGAACCGACACCGUUUUCAGGCCCGUUAUCGUCAUCAUCAUCCCCCGGGGCAAGCGGGACGUGACGACGACGUUUGGUUUUGGGUUUCUCGGCCGCUUGAAUGUCGCGGAGGGGAAGCUCACCGGGCUUCAGGGCGAGGACAACGGGCGCCUUUUUGGCGUGAAUUGCGUCGAGGCGGUGUUUGGGGAUGGGACCGAUGGGCGCAUUGGACAUGUCGUCGUGCGUACGCUUGCGGCGCUCCCUGGCCAGGGCAAUUGCGGCGUGAUGGCGUUCUGCAAGCCUUUCUCGUUUUCGUUCGAGGUCGGCGAUGAGGGCAGCCUGGUUGUCUCGUUCAAGAGAGGCGACAACCUGCUCGGCGUGAGCGAGAUGCGCUUCCCAUUCCGCAAUUUCUCCGCUGUAGGGGCUGGUGCGCUCAGGGGAUUGAGCGUCGUCCUCCUCGUGGUUUUCAGACGUCUCCUCGUCUCGGAGUUCGGACUGGGACGGCGUGCCGUUGUCGUGCUGAGAGUCAUUGUCGUACUGAGAGUCGUUUUCGUCCAUGAUGGUGAUGAUGCCGCUGACGGAAAUCACCAUGGAACCCAUAUUUCAACGUACCUGUGUCGAGAGCGAUGAAUUAGGUGAGUUUUUAUGAAGAAUGAGAGUGCAAUGUUGUGAACGGAGUGUGCUCGAGUGAAAAAGAGAUAAAGGGAAAGGGAGCUAGGGUUA